GAUUCUGCACCUCCGUCCGGCGCUGCCCCUCGAUUCGGAUUUCCAUCGCGCAUUCUCCGGCGGACCUCGGGACCCGGCUCGUGCAGAGGAGGGGCCGAUCGCUAUGGAGUAUUUCAUGGUGCCCACUCAGAAGGUGCCCUCUUUGCAACAUUUCAGGAAAACAGAGAAAGAAGUGAUAGGAGGGCUCUGUAGUCUUGCCAACAUCCCGCUGACCCCUGAGACGCAGCGAGACCAGGAGCGGCGGAUCCGGCGGGAGAUCGCCAACAGCAACGAGCGGAGGCGUAUGCAGAGCAUCAACGCGGGGUUCCAGUCCCUCAAGACCCUCAUCCCCCACACAGACGGAGAGAAGCUCAGCAAGGCAGCCAUUCUCCAGCAGACGGCGGAGUACAUCUUCUCGCUGGAGCAGGAGAAGACCAGGCUCCUGCAGCAGAACACGCAGCUCAAGCGCUUCAUCCAGGAGUUGAGUGGCUCGUCCCCCAAGCGGCGGCGGGCUGAGGACAAGGACGAGGGCAUCGGCUCCCCGGACAUCUGGGAGGACGAGAAGGCGGAGGACCUCCGGCGGGAGAUGAUCGAGCUGCGGCAGCAGCUGGACAAGGAGCGCUCGGUGCGCAUGAUGCUGGAGGAGCAGGUGCGCUCGCUGGAGGCCCACAUGUACCCCGAGAAGCUCAAGGUGAUCGCGCAGCAGGUGCAGCUGCAGCAGCAGCAGGAGCAAGUGCGGCUGCUGCACCAGGAAAAACUGGAGCGAGAACAGCAGCACCUGCGGACCCAGCUCCUGCCCCCUCCAGCCCCCACCCACCACCCCACUGUGAUCGUGCCAGCGCCGCCUCCCCCCCCCUCCCAUCACAUCAACGUCGUCACCAUGGGCCCCUCCUCGGUCAUCAACUCUGUUUCCACGUCCCGGCAAAAUCUGGACACCAUCGUGCAGGCGAUCCAGCACAUCGAGGGCACCCAGGACCGGCAGGAGCAGGAGGAGGAGCAGCGAAGAGCCGUCAUCGUGAAGCCGGUGCGCAGCUGCCCUGAGACGCACGCCUCGGACACCGCCUCCGACUCGGACGCCUCGGACAGCGACGCCAUGGACCAGAGCCGGGAGGAGCUGGCGGGCAGCGGGGGGCUUCCCUGACCACCCCCAGCCCUCCUCUCCCUUCUGGGGGCUGGAGGGGGCCGGGGCAGCACCAGGGAGGAGUGCGGGCGAACGAGUGAGGAAUUUUUACAAAAUGAUGACGACAUUUGGGUCUCUUUUAUGACCUCUUUUUCAAUACUGUAAAUCGACCUUUGAUGGACGCCCCUGCCGAGGCGGGGGGGCUGGGGUGGCACAGAGUGCAGUGCGCAGGGGCACGGACGCCUGGGCUGGGCCUCGGACCCCAGACUGGGGGAGCCGACACGGGUGCCCGGCUUCUCUCUGCCAAAAAUCGUUAUUUUCAUGGAGACGUGUUUUUAAGAACAGGGAGAAUUCACAGCCCCAAGGCAGCUGCGCCGUCGCCCUGAGGCCUGCAGUUUGAACUCUCCUUCCCCUCUGGUUCCUCCUUUCUCUGCGAGCACUUAAUGGGUGGAGGGUCUGGCUGGGUGGGGGAUCUCUGGCCCGUCCGCUGCUUCCGGUUGGGGGUUGCUGCUGCCCACCUUCCUCCCCGCCGGGUCAGCGCCAGGCCCCAAGGCCCGCCCCACCCGGCCCCCACCUCGCCCUCCAGGUUUCCCAACUUCCACCCCAAACUGUCUUUGUCUCUCUUUUGUUUUGUUGUUGGUUUCUUUUUUGUUUUGGUUUUGG